UCCUCACCGGCCAUCUUUCUCCUGCCGAGUCUUUGUGGCGAUACUGUCCCGCCAGCCGAGGGAGUCCGAGGCGGCCCUUCUGAGUCCGUGGCUUUGUGACCGCCAACACCAGGACCUCUGGGAGCGUGGGGCGCAGACAUGGACUGUCUAACUUUUGAGGAUGUGGCUGUGAACUUCACCUUGGAGGAGUGGGAUUUGUUGGAUCCUUCCCAGAAGCAACUCUACACAGAUGUGAUGCAAGAAACCUUCAAAAACCUACUUGCUAUAGGACAAACUGAGGGAGUCCAGAGGAUUAAAGAUGAUAAUGAAGAUUCUAGGAGAAAUUUAAGAAGUGGAGUGGUGGAGUUACUGUAUGAACCCAAUGAAGGUAGACGAUGUGAAGAAAUCUUCAGUGAGUUUCCAGAUACUGUUGUGAGCAAGAAAACCCCUCAUGGAGUCAAACUGUGCGGAAGUAAUUUAUGUGAAGACAUACUUAUUGGUCUCCCACCCCUAAAUAUGCAUAUUCCUGUUCAAACAGGACAUAAACCAUGUGAACAUGAGAUCUAUGAAGACAGUCUCUAUAAAUUUAGGGGAUGUGGGAAAGCCUUCAUGUACCCUGAGUGCUUUCUGAAGCGUGAAAAUGCUCACACCAUAGAGAAACCAUAUAAAUGUCAGCAAUGUGGGAAAGCCUUUUCCUCUUCAAGUAAGGUUCGCAGACAUGAAAGAACUCAUACUGGUGAGAAACCCUACAUAUGUAGCCAUUGUGGAAAAGCCUUCCCUAGUCGUGGUUCUCUUCGACGCCAUGACAGGAUUCACAGUGGAGAGAAGCCCUUUGUGUGUAAGUAUUGUGGGAAAGCCUUUACUGGCCAAAGUUCACUUCCACGACAUGAAAGAAUUCACAGUGGAGAAAAGCCCUAUGUGUGCAAAUACUGUGGGAAAUGUUUCAUUUCUUCAAGUACCUGUAGAGUACACGAACGGACUCAUACUGGAGAGAAACUCUAUGUUUGUAAACUGUGUAAUAAAGCCGUCACUACUCGUACCUCCCUUCGAAAUCAUGAAAGAAUUCACAGUGGUGAGAAACCCUAUGUUUGUGAACAGUGUGGAAAAGGUUUCAUCUCUUCUGGUACCUUUCGAAUCCAUGAACGAAUUCACACUGGAGAGAAGCCCUAUAAAUGUAAGGAAUGUGGGAAAGCCUUCACUAUACAGAGUUCUCUUCAACGCCAUGAGAGGAUUCACACUAGGGAAAAACCUUAUGACUGUAAAGAAUGUGGGAAAGCGUUCAGUGGUUACAGCUCACUUCGCCGCCAUGAGAGAAUUCACAGUGGAGAGCGACCCUAUGCAUGCAGGCAGUGUGGGAAAGCCUUUCCAGCUUUAGGGGACUGUCAGAGACAUGAGCAAAUCCACACUGGUGAGAAACCCUUCAUAUGUAAGCAAUGUGGGAAGGCCUUCACUCGUUGUGGUUCCCUUAGAAUACACGAGAAGACCCACACCAGAGGGAAUUCCUAAGCAUGACGUGUGGGAAGGCCUCCUCAUUUCAUGCCCUUUCCAUAAAGAGUGUGACCAUGAAGUUGUGAGGGCUGCCACUGGGCAGUCAUGUAAAAUUACAAACAUAAAGGACAAACGUAAGAAAUAGUUUAAAAAUUCUGUGAAAAUUCCCCAGGUUUGGGGGUACUAUAAGUGUACAUUAUGGAAAGCUUAGCGCAAAGUAAUUUAUGUAGAAUGCUCCAAAAAUGUCCCCAAAGUUAUAUUACCCCAUUAAUGUCUUACUAAUGUAGAUAUGUGAACUAUUUAUUUAUACUUUAACUGUUGUAAAUAAAUGGUGGCAUGACAGAACUUUCUGAAGUUUGCUUAAGAAAUCAGGCAAACGAAUAUUUUUUACUAUGUUACCUAACAUUUUGAAGGAUUUUAGCUGAUUGAAUGAUGGAAUGGCCUUUUGAGAUGUGGUGUUAGCACAAAUGAGUUGGCAGUAGCCCACAGUGCUAGGGCAAGGUUCUCCAGAAGGACAGAUAUGCUCUAAAUUGGCUUCUAAUAUGAUAGUGUUUCUCUCAUGGGUCUAGGAGUCAAGGGGCCUGGAACUCACUAGCAAAAUUUUGGCUUCCUGUACUGUAGAUCUGGUUUAACAAAGGGAGGCACAACCAUUCCUUUGAACUAGAAGCUAAAACACACACACCUCUCCCCAACCCUGUGUACUCUGUGUUGCUUGUGCACUUCCGUUAACCAAAAACAGUUACUAAAGGGAUUGAUCCCUACCGGGGGUCGUGAGACUGCUCUUCAGUAUUGGAGAUAGGCUAUUUUUGCCUACUUGACACAAGCUGGGAAUCGGGUAGGGAGGACACCAUUAAUGAUGCCUGUGACAGGGCUGCUGUGCGUGGUGCCACUCUAAGCAGGUGCCCUGUGUUGUGUAAAAAAGCAGGCUGAGCAGGCCGUGAGGAACAAGCCAAGAAAAAGUCUUCCUCCAUAACCUCUGCCUCAUAUCCUACUUCUGUGUUCCUGCCAACUUGAGAUUCUACCCUGGUUCCCUUAGGGCUGGAAUAUCAAGUGUAAUCUAAAACAACCCUUUUCUCUUCAAGUUGAUUUUGGUUAGUGUUUUAGCAACAACAACAAAAAGAUCAGACUAGGGCAUGAGUAAAGGAGGAGUAUUACUGGAGUCCUUAGUGUCACCAUGUCUGGCCACUAAAACCCAUGGGAAGUUUGAGUCACCUCUCAAGGCAAAGAACUAGUUAAUUUGGGUAUAUGAUGUUUUUAUUUACAAAAUUUUUAUACUAAAAUUUGUUUUAACUUAAAAAUGUAAAAAUAAUGCUUAGUGCUUGCUGAAGAGGAGGAAAUACAAACUGACACCAGAAAAAAGAUCCUUAUAAAUAUGUUAACCUGUGGGACCAGUUCUAAAACAGGAUUCUGACUGUAUUCACUUUUAUUUUGUUAAGAAUAUAUGUAUUAAGCUGGGCAUGGUGGCAUAUGCUCUUAAUCCCAGCACUCAGGAGGCAAAGGCAAAUGAGUCUCUGAGUUCAAGACCAACUUGCUUUACUAAUGAGUUUCAGAACAGCCAGGGGUGCGAAUGGAGAUCAUGACUCAAAAAUGUUUAUUUUUAUAGUUGAUAAUUAGUUUUGAUUGCCAGUGUGACAAAAUCUAGACUCACCUGUGAGAUAGGCCCCUGACAAUGCCUAUAGGAAGUUAUCUUGGUUGCAUACAUGACUAUGACGGGGGAAGACUCACCCAGUGUUGGAAGUGCCAGUGCCUGACUGGGAUACACGGGUGUGUCAAAGUGGGGAAAGUCAACGAGCUGAGGGCAAGCAUACAUGCACUCUUUGCUCUCUGCGUUUGACUGUGCUUGUAAUGUGACGGAAGUAUGAGCCAAAUGAAUCCUUCUAUGUUGCUUUUACCUGGAUAUUCUGUCCUAUAACAAGAAAUGAAGCUAAGACAUUAUACACAUAUAUUAAGC